GCCAAUCUCAGACCACCAGCCUUGGCAUCACAGCCCUCUCCACCAUGAAGCUUGUUGGGGGCCUCCUGCUGCUCUUCAUAGCAACCUAUUUCUGCAACAGCUCCGAAGUUACCAGCCACCCUUUGGAAACGCUGGACUGUGACAUAUACAAAAAGUACCCAGUGGUGGCCAUCCCUUGCCCCAUUGAAAACACACCGGUCUGUGGCUCUGACUAUAUCACCUAUGGGAAUAAAUGCAAGUUGUGUACAGAGAUCUUGAGAAGUAAUGGAAAAAUUCAGUUUCUUCGUGAAGGGCACUGCUAACUUCUCCAUGGACAAAGAAAGAACAGCAGUGCCUCCAUUGUGUGCGUCUCCUGUGGGCUGCGAUGGACUUCCCUUUUUAUAGGAUGUUCUGGUGGGUUUGGAUCUAGAGUCAGUCAUCUUCACUGACUGGUCAAAGUCUCUGUGUUCAUCCUCAUCAACUCGUGUCUCCUGACAAAUUACCUUCU